AUGAGGGCCCUGGAUCCCGCGUACCGCCGCAAGUUUGUCCCGGUGCGUCGCCUGGGCGUCGGCUACGUCGUUGUUGUGGCCCUGCUGCUAGUCUUCUUCACCGUGCAGGCCCCCGCGGUGAGCUACACGAAGGUGUCGAGCGGGGCUUCCGUCGCCCUCGGCGUCAUCACGCCUGCGCUCGUGCUGUGCCUCUUCCUGAUGCUGCUGCCUGUGCGGUGGCUGGGCGGCAUGGACGGGCCCUUCUUGACCGCCGGCCCGCGACACGCCGACGCUGCCGCUGAAUGCGCGGCUGUCCGACGCUGA